GGUGGCGCUCAUUGCUGUCCAAACUCCGACCCAGCUGCGCCUUACCGCUCUCCAAAGACACAAUGGACUUCUCCAAAAACGCCACGGAGCGGCCGGAGCCUUUCAAAACAGAUAUCAAAGGCAGCGUUCCUAACUGGCUUCAAGGAACCCUGCUGCGUAAUGGACCUGGGAUCUUCUCAGUGGGGGACACGAGUUAUGAGCACUGGUUUGACGGGAUGUCCUUGAUAACCAGUUUCUCAUUUAAGGAUGGAGAAAUUACCCAUAGAAGUAGAUUCCUUAGAGGUGACACCUACAACUCCAACAUGGAUGCAAACAGAAUAAUGGUGUCUGAAAUGGGGACAAUGGCAUAUCCAGACCCAAGCAAAAACUUUAUCUUUAAGGCGAUCACUUUUCUGAACCACACUGUGCCAGACUUUACUGAUAAUGGCACUAGCAACAUCAUCAGAUAUGGAAAUGACUAUUUUGCCACUGCUGAAACCAACUAUAUCCGCAAGAUAGAUCCUGUUACUCUUGAAACCCAAGAAAAGGUGGACUACCUGAAGUACCUGCCGGUGAACCUGGCCACGUCUCAUCCGCACUAUGACAAAGAAGGCAAUGCCUACAACAUUGGAACUUCAAUAGCAGAGAAGGGGAAAACCAAAUACAUACUUUUUAAAGUUCCGAAUAUUUCAGCCAAAGAGAAAGGCAAGACUGUUCCUGCUCUGAAGAAGUUGGAGGUGAUUUCUACUAUUCCCUGCCGGUCUCUUCUCUCCCCGAGCUACUGCCACAGCAUUGGCUUCACAGACAAUUACAUCAUCUUCGUUGAGCAGCCUUUCAAAUUGGACAUUCUCAAGAUGGCCACAGCCUACAUGAGGAAAGUGAACUGGGCGAGCUGCAUGAAGUUCUGCCCUGAUGAAAAUACUCUGAUCCACCUGAUUGACAGAAGAACCGGCAAACAGGUCGACGUGAAGUACUACACCCAAUCGAUGGUCAUUUAUCAUCACGUGAACGCCUUUGAGGAUGAAGGUCACGUCGUCUUUGACGUCAUCGCCUACAACGAUGACAAACUAUAUGAUAUGUUCUACCUGAAAAACCUGAAAAAGGAUGCUGAAACUCCAAGUGAGGUCUACACCCAACCAAGUUUCAGAAGAUUUGCUCUUCCUAUAACAGCAGAAACCGGUGUUGGAGUUGGAGAGAAUGUGGUAAAACUUAAAUACACUACAGCCACCGCCGUGAAGGAGAAAGAGGGCAAAUUCACAUGUCAUUCAGAGGUGCUCUGCGAAGAUUUUGAAUUACCCAGGAUCAACUACGACUACAACGGAAACAAGUACCAGUUUGUGUACGGCAACAUUGUUGAGAAAUCUGCACUGUCAAAGCAGAUUGCCAAGUUUGACACAAAGACGAAGACAAUGCUGUACUGGAACGAAGAAAACUGCUGGCCUUCAGAGCCGAUUUUUGUCCCCAGACCAAAUGGAGAGUCAGAGGACGAUGGAGUGGUCCUGUCGUCUGUCAUCAACUCCAAACCAGGCCAGUCAAGUUUUCUUGUGAUCCUCGAUGGAAAAACGUUCAAGGAAGUUGCAAGAGCGUAUGUCAACGCUGAGCUCUACAAGGACAUGCAUGGAAUUUUCAUUCCAAAGCAGAAUUAAUCGGCAUAAUACAAGCUUCCAGUUAACUAAACCCCACACAUUUAACUGCUUGGAUCGCCUAAAUCUGCAUAACCUCACAGGUCACUUUUAUUUUUCAUUUUCCAUUGUGAGUCAUUGUAUCUCACUUCCCCUGUUACCAUGUCAGCGUGUGUGCUGGGUUAGACCCUAAAACUGCAGAAAACUUAUGUAAUAAUAUUCUCUCAAGCAAUAUUUUAUCAGUUCUAUUUUUUAAAAUGGAAGAUAUGUUAUUUUUUUUUCAUGGAACAAAGUUCCUCACGGAGCACAUAUAUGUCUGCAAUAUUGUUAUUAUGUAUGUGCAUCUUAUUCCAUUAAAGACAUUGUGAAAGUUUGGAGUUGUAUUAUUAUAUCAUUAUUAUAAUUGCAGCAAGAGAGAAAAGAAAGUAAAAACUAAAAUCCAUUUACACUACAAGUUGUAGCUGGACUUGUAAUAUUUUUGCUGUGACUCGCAGCACAAACCUGUAAAUGAAAACCUUUAUAUUUAAUCAUUUCUCCAACUUCAUGAAAAGCAAUAAAGGUAACUUUUAAACUUUUUCAUUCAGCAACUCUGGAACUUCCCUUCAAAGCAUAACUAAUGUCAUAAGAUUAGCUUUUACUCCACCCCUCCCUUAAAGCAUUGCAUCCGUUGACCUGCUUUUAAAUGAUUAACCUAGAAAUGAUAGCGAAGCUGUUACUUUUUUAAUUACCAAAUAGGACUAACAAAGAUUUACUUCUUUUUCUUCAAAUAUUCACAAUGUUGAUGUAUUUCUUUAUAUGCUAAUAAGUUAUACCUCUACAGAAAAAAAGGUUGAUUAGCCAGUCCUUGGCCGGCUAAAGAAAUAACUCAUCUAAAACCCAUUACAGAAACCAUCUGGCUUUCAGGCUCAACCCAAUAACAGAUCUCCAGGUCUCUGAACAGCAGCACUGUUGACCUUGAUACUCAUAUCUUUACUACCUGCAUGGUUCCCCAAGGAUCAGUACUAGGCCUUGACCUUUUCAAGCUUUUUUUUCUAUAGUAUGUUAAUUUUCAGUCAUCCUUAACUCUAAAUUUUCCAGGAUUUGGAAGAUUUCUCUGAACUUACUACAAUGAGAAAACAAAACAAACAAAUUCAGUUUUUGUUUGCUAUUUCACAGGAAAGAUGGAAAAUACAGUACCCAGAGUUAAUUCACUUAAAAGACUGAAAAGUAAUUAAGAAAAUAACCAAUGAAAUUACAUUUUGACAUGGAGUUUUUUUUGUGACAAAAUAAAGCAAACUAGCUUAAUGCCAAACUUGACAACAAAGCAUAUUGGUUUGUUUCAUUUAUGUUGAAGGAAUGCCUUUAUAUUUUUUAAUGUCAUAAAUAAAUCUAUAGCAGCUAUGCAAUGAUUUUGGAACACAGCUGCAGAAGUUUUAACACAGAGAAUCAAAGAGUAGAGUGCUUCUCAUAGCUGAGGCCCACUAGUGACUCACUGAAUAAAAUAAAGACUUAAUGACAGAGAAGAGGCAUCUUCUAAGUUAUUAAAGCCCCCCCUUCACCAUCCGGAGUCCUUAAAGCUACAUUAGGGUAUUUAAUUCCAAAUAGGAUUUUUAUCUUGUCUUAUGUUUAUUGUGAGUGAAGCUUAUUUUGAUUAUUUUUACCUUGCGUUCAUCCUUUAUGUUGCCCUUAUUAUAUCAUAAGUGAUCUUUUUAUUAUUGUUCUCUCUAUAGUGUUUUAUUUUUAUAUUACUUUUUUCUGUGAAGCCAUCUGGAAACAGUAAUGUCAAAAAGUAGUAAAAUAUAGAUCCAAAAGAAACAUCUAUGUCAAAUUCUUUUUUUCUUAAUCCAAAAUCAAAUGAAUCUCCUCAUUCCAACAACUACCAAACUGCAAUCAAAGCUCACAAAGAAGCAAAGGACAUUUAAGCAGUUACCUGUAAGUCUAACAAAAGAGCUGCCAUGUGAAAGAAGCACUGUUAUCAACACAAACACUGAUGUAAAUCAAUGUUGCUGAUGUUAGUUUAUCCAUUAGAGUGAAU